GCAUUUUUGAACGAAGAGGUAGCCACGACAGCAUGCUGCGGCGUGUGGUCGAGUGCUUUGGCUGGAACCGCGUCCAUUCAUCUCGUGCCUCCAAGAAAACCAGCAACGCCCAACCAGACGUGUACAUUUUCUACGGGUCCCAGACAGGGACGACUGAAGGGUAUGCCCGGCGGUUGGCGACGCAAGCUCAAAAGCGCAAUGUUCAAGCCACGGCAAUGUCGUUGAGCCAGUUUAACGUACACAAGUCGACGCAGUACUCGACCGUGAUUUUUGUCGUGGCGAGCUACGGCACCGGCGGACCCACCGACGACGCGACAUCGUUUUACAAUUGGUUGAAGACAUCGCUAAAGCCCGAUCUAUCGCAUAUGCAGUACACUGUGUUUGGGUGCGGCAACUCGGACUACACGGACUCGUACAACGGCAUGGCCAAGUUUGUGGACGCCAAGAUUGGAGCGUUUGGGGCCACUCGUUUCUUUGACUUGUCGCUGGGCGACGCCGCGGGGGAAAUCGACCACUUGGACAACGACUACGAUGCGUGGGAAGGUCGGGUUUUGGACGUCGUGGCGCCAAUGGCAACUGCUGACAUGACGUCGUCAACGACGACAACAAUACCGGCGACCGCACAACCAUCGAAACUUGGCACGUUUGCCGAGUUGCAACACCCUCGGCCGCCGACGAUGCAACAAAAGCCCACAUCGACCCUCCAAGCUGUGCUGUACGCCCCUCCAACAAUUCAAGUCAUUUCAAUCGUCAAGUUGUCAUCCACCGCCCUCCAAGUGGAUUUCGCCACCGACGUCCCGUACACUGGCACGGGCAUUCUCGCCUUGUACCCCCAAAACGCCAAAGAAAUUGUGUCGGCGGUGGCCCAUCGUUGCGGCUACAAUCUGGACCACUGGGUCGACUUGGUGGAUGACAAGGCGGGGAGCGCCCCCGCCAGCAUUCCCCUGCCGUGCACUGUCGCAGAUGUGCUCACCCAUUACGUCGACCUGUGCGCUGUCUCACGCACCAUCGUGAGUGCACUCGCGCGGUACGCGACAGAGGCUGCCGACGCCGCCCGCCUUGGCCAAUUGGGGGCGACGGAAGACGAGUACACCCAAACCAUUCGAAAACCGCGCGUGUCAUUGUUGGGGGUCCUUCAUGCAUUUCCCAGUAUUCAAGUGUCGCUGCCAGAGUUGCUUUCGAUUGUCGCCCCCAUCAAGCCUAGAAAAUACACCAUCGCAUCCAGUCGUCUGGUGAGCCCAAAUGUCAUUCAAUGCUGCAUCUCCGUGCCCGAGAAACCCCUCGCCCAGCUCGACCAGCAUCAUGGCACUAUGGGCGCUUGCAUGGUGUCGCUCUUGCCAGCUAAACUGUCCAAUCCUGGAGUCCGAUUUCGAGGAUUGUGCCAAGCGCCCACCAUGUACUUCCCCAAAACCCACCAGUUCCCAGUCAUACUUAUCGCCGCGGGCUCAGGCAUCGCGCCCAUGCGAGCCAUUUGGCAAGAACGAAACGAAGUGGCGAAAUCGGGCGUGGCUGUUGGGCCGACUACCCUGUUUUUCGGGUGUCGGGAUGCCGACAGUUGGCUGUAUCGGUCCGAAGUCGAGAGUUUACGCCCGUUGCAAGUCGAGUGCCACGUCGGGUUCUCCCGGCAAGGCCAAGACAAGCAGUACGUCCAGGAUGUCGUCGAAAAGCACAUCGCGGCCAUCAUGACGGCACUGGACUCGUCCAAUGCGUACAUUUACAUAUGCGGCAAGAUCGACAUGGCCCAAGCUGUGCAGACGAUUUUGAAACGAGACCGGGGCGUAGCGUGGUGGGACGAGAUCAUUGCCACGCGCCGAUACAACCAAGAAGUGUUUGGGUAAUAAUGAUGUAGUAGAAGUUGUGGACGAUAUGCGAGUGCAUCGAAAUAUGGAGGGCUGUCUUGUCCAUGUAAUAUAUACUACUGAUCUCCACC